AUGAGAAGAAACUCCACCUCGGUGGCUGAAUUCAUUCUCCUGGGACUGACCAGCCGCCUGGAAUUGCAGGUCCUCUUCUUUGUGCUGUUGGGCAUUUACAUGGUCACGGUGGCAGGGAAUCUUGGCAUGAUUGUCCUCAUCCGGGUCAGUGUCCGCCUCCACACACCCAUGUACUUUUUCCUCAGCCACUUAUCCUUUGUGGACCUGUGCUUCUCUUCCAACGACCCCAAGAUGCUGGGGAUCUUCUUAGCAGAGAGGAAAACCAUUUCCUAUCCUGCUUGUCUGGUGCAGUGCUACUUUUUUAUUGCCUUGGUCCAUGUGGAGAUCUACAUCCUGGCUGUGAUGGCCUUUGAUCGGUACAUGGCCAUCUGCAACCCUCUGCUUUAUGCAGCAGGAUGUCCAAGGGUGUGUGCACGUCCCUCAUCGUGGUGUUAUGUGUAUGAGCACUGCUGGCCUGAUGGAGACCAUGUGACCUACGCUGUUUUUCCCCUGUCCCUCUCUGUGCCAAGUGAAUAA